AUGCGCUCCUCAUCGCCAUGGUUGCGACUUGGCGAUCCAAACGACAACGAUAACUACAGCGGAAGCGAAAACGAGAAUAACGACAACAGCGAGGAAGAUAUGCCAGACGCAAUUGACGAAUUGCGAAAUCCACGGCAGGCCAAAGAUGAUUUUUACCAGUAUUUGAAAGAAGAGGUGUUUAAGUUGAACUUUUACCGGGCGCAUAUGUUGUACUUCGUUGUCGUUAUUGGGAUUUCUUCGGUUAUUGUUUAUGGACAGGGUCUUGCUAAUGGGCCUGAGGAAGUUGGUGGGGCGCAUUUGACGUUUACAAAUGCGUUGUUUUUGUGUUGUAGUGCUAUGACUACUACUGGACUUAAUCCGGUUAACCUGGGAGAUCUAUCUGGAUUCCAGCAAGCGACUUUUGCUGUGCUUAUGAUUAUUGGGAAUAUACCGUUUGUCUCGACUGCUGUGGUGUUGAUUAGGAGAGCGCUGUUUCGAAGAAAGAUGGCGGAUGUCGUGAAGCAUUCACAUACGAUGCGACGGCUGGUGCAAGAUGUUGAAGAGAAUGGGCAGACGAAUCAUGAGCAUGAUGGUAGUGGUGCUGCAAACUUGCGCCAACGAACGAACGCAGAAGGUAAUAAACAGACUACCGGUAAACAAGCGCGGAGUAAUAAAUCAUCUGAAGUGGCGAUAAAGCCCGUACCACAACGACGUACGUACCACUACGAGACUGGCUUUGGAUUCAUCCCAACGCCUUGGGAGACGAAACUCGCUCGGGGUUUCUUCGGUGGGAUCAUCAAUAGAUUGGUAGGAGAGCUAAAACCAGAGCAUCACGAUUACGUCUCCUUCAAACCGCACCUCGACUCCAAAGGCCGUUUUCGGGACCUCAGCGAGGAAGAACGUAUGGAACUUGGGGGUGUGGAAUACCGCGCUUUACAAGCUCUCCUGUUGAUUCUCGUCGGCUACCAAAUCUUCUGGUAUCUGGUGGGUUUUACUUUCUUCCUACCAUAUGCGUACCGUGGAAAUAUCAAAGGUGUACUGUACGAAUUACAGCCCGGUGGCAUCAACCCGGAGUGGUGGGGAGUCUUUGCAACUAUCACUGAAUUUGCGAAUGGUGGACUUAACGUUUUGAACGCCAAUUUCGUUCCCUUUAGCGGAUACCCAUACAUCCUUCUCGUCGCGGGCGUCCUCGCUUUCGCCGGUCAAACGCAGUUUCCAAUCCUUCUCCGUAUUACAAUAUGGGCCAUGCAGAAGAUGGCACCGAAGGGAUCGCGGUUCAAGAAUACCAUGGGAUUUCUGUUACAACACCCACGACGUUGCUUCAUAUACCUCUUCGGCAGUCGGGAGACACUGUAUCUCUUCGCCACACAAACCGUCAUCGAUAUCACAGCCUGGCUCUGUUUCGAGAUUCUCAACAUAGGUAUGCCAGAUAUUGAGGCUUUACCCACCGGAACACGUAUCCUAGAUGGCUUAUUUCAGGCGACUGGACUGCGAACGAGUGGAGCAUAUGCAGUCACCAUCAGCUCCCUUGCACCCGCCUGUCUAGUCGCAUACCUGGUAAUCAUGUACAUAUCCAUCUACCCUAUGACCCUCACCCUCCGUAAAACAAACACCUACGAAGAACAGUCUAUCGGCCUAGACCAACAUUCCCGCAACGCCGCCGGCAUAUCCUCGCAUCUUCAACGCCAACUCGCCUACGACAUCUGGUUCCAGUUUCUCGUCUUCUUCCUCAUCUGCACCAUCGAGCGGGGCCGUAUUCUCCGCGCCGACCCCGGUUUCACCAUCUUCUCCAUCUUGUUCGAAGUCACAUCUGCUUAUGGCACUGUAGGCUUGAGUAUGGGUGUUCCCGGCAAGGAUUAUAGUUUGUGUGGCGAUUUUGCAGGUUUGAGUAAGGUGGUACUGUUGUUUGCUAUGGUGAGGGGACGCCAUCGCGGUUUGCCGCUGGCUAUUGAUAGGAGUAUUUUGUUGCCCGGGGAGGAGUUAAUGCGUAGGAUGGAUUGGGAGUUUAGUGCGAAGGGAGUGGAGGAUCCCGGGGAGGAGAGGGAGUUGCGAGGGGAUAUUGAGGGAAGUGGGGUUAAGAAGGGGUGGGGGAAGGGGGAACAAGAUCCUGAGGAUGAGAGAGGGACGAAGUCUGGUAGUAAUAGUGGGCAGCAGGAUGAAGGGGUUGUAGCAGAACUUAGUUCUCACGAAAGCUACCACUUCCAAGCCAAAUUCGAAGGCAUCUAG